CUUGUUGCUAGUUUAAAAAACGUAAUUAAUACGGGUUUUGAAUACCAGAACACCUUCGCGUUUUAAAAAGUAGAUUGAAAUACUUAUGUUUCUUAUUACGGGAAUUUUGUAUUUGCAUAGAGAAAUCCAACAAUCAAUGCAGUAAUUCACUACCACUUGGCAGAUUUGUUGUUAUAUUUUCACAAUUUCCUUCAGUUGAGUACGAGUGUAACGUAACAGUUGGUCAGGAUGAGCAGCGUGUGGUACCUGGAACAUGUGACCACUGGCGCACGGCUCAUCCUGCACAACGGCACUAAUUUGAUGGGUCGCCACUCGCGUUGCAGGAUAAUCUUGGGUGGACAGUACCAAUUUGUGUCCCGGGAGCACGCCAAUAUCAUCGUGAGCGAAAAGGGCGUUGAGGUUGAGUCUCUGAACCCCCUGAAUGGGCUCUUCAUCAACGGGGGCAAAUUGGGCGACAAGAUCAACCGUCUGGCAGUAGCUGAGGGCUCCACAAUCAGCCUAGGAGUCACGGGAGUCAACCUAAAUGAAAUAACUGGCAUACAUGCUAUAUUCAUCCUAAAGAAAAAGGAGCCGGUAGUCGAGGAAAUCGUUCUGUCGUCCGACGAUGACGAUACAACACCACUGCCCGCCGUGCGAUGCCCCACUGGCACUCAGCCCACCGAGUUCAAUCUGAAACAGCAAAUACCAAACUUUGGCGGCAAACAGGACCCCGGCCAGGAAGAGGAAGUACUACCUUCGAGUUCCAAUUUGCAUCUACCAAAACUAACAGAAGUUAAGCAGGAAAUCGUAAAGCAUACCUCCGAAGAGAUACAAAACAUUUUUGGUGAACCAAGUGACGCUAUUCUGAAUUCUGUAUUGGAACUAAAUCCAUAUCUGUACAACAAGCUAACUAACAAGACCGCGAACAAUGAAAUAACCCGCAAAAAAAUACACGACGGCGACUGUAUAGAACUGGACACGGAUACGGAUAGGAGGAGCAUUUCGGAGGCGCAGAAAGCCGAAGACCCUUCGGCAGAGCGGGAAGUAGACGACGAGGAAGAAUACGAUGAGAGUUUCGCCAUGUCUCAGGCAGUGAUCAGGGAAAUGAAGGCCGAAAUGCACGUAAGUGAUGGCGAAGAAGACUUCUUGCUGACCAAUGGCAUGGGAAACUUGCCUGAAGGUUCUCCAUCGAACCAAGCUUACGACGACAUCGUCUACGUCAGCGAUUCCGAUGACGAUGAGCUGUACGAUAAGGUGGCGGAUUGGUCAAAGCUGCUAAGCCAAAAGGUGGUACCAGACGUCAUAGAAAUGUCGCAGACCUAUCCGCUAGAGAAUGAACACAAAGAUUCAGACUCAGACUUAGAUAUUGGAGCAAAAAAACCGAAAAGGACACUGCGGAUCUCAUCCUCCAGUGACGAAGACUCUGCAGACGAAGUGAUUGUCCAUCAAACAAAACAAAAGGGAAGGCGCUCCAAAUCGAAAUCUCCAAACGACCAUGUUGUGCGGCAGGCCGACAGCACGACUCCGGAUCUUCCAGCUGUUCGUAAAUUAUCCGUCUCAUCUAUUGAUUCUGUAUAUGAAAAUAAACAGACAAAAUUAAACUCUAAGCUUAAGUCGUGCUUAAAGAGCCCGACCAAGACAUCAGUAGAUAACAUGGAAAAUAUGACGGAAACCAAAAGUUGCUCAAACCGUCAGCGCGAGCAAAUAGUUGCAUCCCGAAAUGAACCAACUAAUAUCUGUCCGCAAAAGAUUGAGACUAACAAAACCUCAACCCGUAAGCGAUUCGUAUCGACCACUUCUCGGGAUGAGUUAUCUACCACUUCAAAAGAAAUCAAAGAUGCUCCUAAAAAUAAUGUGGAACCUCCUAAAAAAAUGUUGCGCAGCCGUUCAAAAUCCUGUUAUAUAGAUAGGCCUGUGGAAUUGGAUGAACACAUAACCAAAAAUGAAGUGCCCCUUAAGAAGAAAUAUGAAAGUGUUGAUAAUAGUAAGGAAGAACUGAUAGUAACCCUGGAGGCUCCAGCAAUGUUAACGACACCUACUAAAUCUAAAACCCAAUGUGUUAAAAAAAAAGCAACGCAGACUCGCGGCAGACGAAAGACAAUACACAGCCGUGAUGAAAUAAGAUCCUUGACAGCUGAGGCUGAGGAAAAUAAAAAGAUUUCACCAGCAAAACAGACCAACGAAGAAAUCCCUAUUCCAACUAAAAGUCCUCUUAAAAGGAAUGCGCGGCUGCUCAACCGAUCAAAAUCGUGCUAUAUGGAUCGUCUGGUGAUCUCGGAAACCGAAGAUCCUGCCAAGAAGGUGAUUAAGGAUAUAUCUCCAACUAAAAGCGACACUACAGACAACGUUCUAAACUUUGUUGAUGUGAGACAGACACGCGGCCCCUCUGUGAUUGAGGCUCCAUCCUUGCCCAAAAAUCGAGGUAAGCUUCGAGGGGUCUCGGCUGAGGUGAAAGUUAAAGAUAAGGUGCUAGAUCGCCAGCGUUUUAUUGACUAUCAAGCCGAAAUGAACGCUAAAUGGAAGCAGAAACCCAAAGACAAGAAAAAAGAAGACGAAAAGCUAAAAGAGUGCCGCCGCGAAGCCCUCAAGAAGCUGUCUGAAAAACCAAAGGAAAAUAGUCAUCGUUCAACAACCAAUAAGAGAAAGAAUCCUACAAGUGUUCCCACCGUUCAAAACACCAAUCGUGGCGGAUUUUUAACGAAAGGAGUGGAUGGCCCAGCCCCAAAACUGGCAAAGACGGAUAACGCUAAGCCACCACCAAAGAAACCAGUUCCCAAACAACCACCCGCUAUCGAAACGUUCUCACAGCAGCUCCAAGCAGCUGAUAAAGCUGUUCUGCAUCCGCAGCCACAGUGCUCGCGUCCAGUAGAACGGAAAGAAGCGGAGCUGGCGAGGAAUCAGCGCACUUGUAACAAAGUUACCUUUGCUGAAAUGGAGCUUUACCAUCAAAAAGCCGAAGACUCAAAGAAGCUACAAAAGAAACUGCGUAAGGUGCAUUUCAACGAUGAUGUGAAAGUACACUGUAUCGAAAGGGUUAAGGGAGCCAGUUCUAAGGUUCAGGGCCGCAAGGAGUGCAUAAAGCUCCGCCUCAGCUCCUACCGCGAACGCCGCGAAUGGAUUCGAAGGGAAAAUAAACCAGUGAACGACAUACGCCAGCACUCUCGGAGUAUCCUAAAGUGGGCUAACCAAUGGCUAAAGCAUGGCAGCGUAGAUGCGGUUGCUGAACAAGAUGUCUUAAUGCCCAUUCCACCUGAAUUUGAUAGCUUUAAGAACUAUAGAGAGAUAUUUGUGCCCUUGAUGAAACUGGAGCUGCUUUCCACCAUCGAAAGAGACUACAAAAUUAACAAUAAAAACACUUUUUCGGUCAGCUUAAUAAACGUUGAAACGCAGGAUAUGUGCUACCGUUUGGUUACCAGAGUCAAUAGCAAACCAUUCGGAAAAUUCGUCCUUUAUACCCUUUACUGUUGUGGCAUGCUAAAAGAGACCUUUGCCAAUCUGUUGGAGCUUAAGUUUGUCUCAGGCAACGUAUUCGACUUAACAUUUGAGAUCCUGAAACAAGAUAUAUCCGAGGAGAAGCUCAAAAACAUUAAGCAGUUGACUGCACGGCCAGUAGUGGACAGCUUAAGGGUGGAGCUUGGCGCUUUGAGUGCCGUCCAUCAGCUCCGUAGCUCUCCGCUCUGCCGGCGGAUCUUGAAGCCUACGCAAACAGUCAAUGAGGUUUCACUCCCUAAACAGCCGUUUACGUUCAAGGGGUGCCACAAGUUAAAUGAACAUCAGGAGAACAUUGUCCUGCAUACCUAUCAACGUAUAAUUGACGACUUACAACCGAGUCUCACUCUGAUCCAGGGUCCCCCCGGGACCGGAAAGUCAAGAGUUAUUUCGGAACUAUGUCUGCAGACUUUGUACGGAAAUGCUGCCAAAACGCUGGACCGCAAAAUCUUGAUAUGUGCUCAUUCCAAUACAGCUGUAGAUCAUAUUGUUGGGCUGCUAGGCUCAGUUUUGCGUGUGAUGAACCGCGACCAAUUCCACCUACUACGUUUUGGAAUGCACGAGAAGAUGAGCCACUACUCUCGUCCAUUUUCGCUGGAGGCGCAUUUCAACAAAGCCAAGGAGCAGAAGUUGCAGCGCGUUAGUAAAGAGAACGCUGAAAUCCUAAAAAAGCAGCAUAAUGAUCUUAAAGAUGAGAUUCAACAGCUGAAGGAGAAAACGAAUCUCACGUCAACGUAUCUCUUGCAACAGUUGCAACAGAAGGAAAAAAAACUGCAGCUGAUAAGUAACCAACUGAGUCCGCCGCUGACGCAGCGCGAGGAGUUUGAAAUCUCUCACAUGUGCGUGACCAGGGCGAACAUCAUCUGCACAACGCUUUCCUCUUGUGUAAAACUGGCAAACUAUGUAGAUUUCUUUGACAUAUGCAUCGUCGACGAGGCCACACAAUGUACCGAGCCCUGGACUUUACUGCCAAUGCGAUUUGGAUUAACGCAUAUGGUCUUGGUUGGCGACAUGCAGCAACUUCCGGCUGUGGUGCUGUCCAAGAAGGCCAUAGACUUUGGCCUUUCUAAUUCAAUGUUUGAUCGCAUUCAGCGAAGCCUGCAGACACAGCUUGAUAAGCCGGGAAGUUAUCACUUAAUGCAUACGAAACUAUUUAAGCUGAGCACGCAGUACCGCAUGCAUCCAGAGAUCUGUCGAUGGCCAAACCAGUAUUUCUACGAGGAUCAGUUGAUAAACGCCGAGUGUACUGCUCGUUUCGCCUCACCGCUCAUUCCAUACUGCGUUAUUAAUUUAAAAUACACUUGCGACAGCAAUGGCGCCCAAAACAAGAGUAUCAGCAAUAACGAGGAGGCUCGUUUUGUGGCCAAACUUCUGACAGAAAUGGACAAACAUAUGCCCAGCAAGCGAUUUAGCUAUGGAUUAAUUUCGCCGUACCAAAACCAGUGUUACGCGCUAAGCCAGGUUAUUCCCAGUCACAUGAAUAUAACUCCUCAGACUGUGGACUCGUAUCAAGGAUUGGAAAAGGAUGUGAUAAUAAUUUCAAAUGCCAGGACACGCGGCUGUGGCUUUCUAACGAACUAUCAGCGACUUAAUGUGGCGCUGACCAGACCGCGUCGUUGUCUAGUCAUAUGUGGCAAUUUUGAAGAUCUAAAAUCUGUUGAAAUGUGGCGCAACCUUCUCGAUGAUGCUCGCAAGAGGAAAGUUUACUUCAAUUUGGACCGCGAUGAUGUGAACGACCUAGACCGUUCCUUAAUCAAAAAGAUGAUGGUGAAUACUAUCAACUUAAUUUAGGGGACACAACGUUCCCUAUUAGUUAAUGAGAUUAAAACUACCUUUUAGAUGCUAAGAUAUCACAAGUGCCAUGGAAGAGAAGCGCUUCCCACAUUGUUUAAAAAAAGGCUUUGUUAUUUUUAUAUAUAUUUAACAUAGAGACUGUAAGAUUUAAUAUUGAAAUCUUUGUACAUUUAGUUCUUUAAAACGCCGACGAAUUGCAUUUUCGUUCUUAAAUGCCGUACAGUAUAACAGGAUUUAUAAGUAACCGAUUAUAUAUCAUCUAUGUACUUUUUGAGAAAGAUUCACGGGUUGAGGAUGUUGCACUAUGCAUGGCGUAGUGUAUGACCGAAUAAAAGUAAAUAAAUAAAUAUUGAAAUGGUUAAAUC